AUGAACCAUAGAAUAAGAACUUUAUUGUAUAUUUGUAAAUCAAAAGAUAAUGUAAAUCAUAAAAAGAGAGUUAUAAAAAAAUUUAUAAUAAAACAAAAGACAUCAAAUAAAAAUGUGACAAUACAAUAUGGACAAUAUGAUUGUAAAACGAAAGACAUUUUAGUAAAAAAGGAGUGGAAUAUAAAUAAUGUCUUAAAUAGAAGGAAGAAAAGGAAUGUGAAAAAAGAUGAGAUGAAUGAGAAUGCUAAUGAUGAGCUUAUUGCAGAUAGUUAUCAUGUGGAAAAUGACCAAAUUGAUGAUUAUAAAAAUUAUUCAAAUAAAUGUAUAAACUAUGAAGAGAAUAAAUUUAAUACUUCACGAUCUUAUAUUAUGUUUCUAAAAAAAAUUUUAAAAAAUAUUGAAAAUGGAGAAAAUACAACUGUCAUAAAUUCUGGUAUAGAUACUAAGAAAAAUGAAAAAAAUGUUUUUUUUUAUGGAUCUAUAUUCAAUAAAUAUUUAAGAAAAGAAAGCAAAAAAGAUGAAGAGGUAACCAAGACAAGUGACAAUUGUGAGAGAGAGUGUAUAGAUAAGGGUGGAAAAAGAAAAAGAGAAAAUAAUAAGAGAAAUAUAAAAAAUGAUAAAAACAAUAUAUGUAAUAAACAGGGGAUAAUUAUAGACAUAUAUGAUUAUAUAGAAGGAAUGAAGAAGAAAGAUUUAAAAAUAUCUAUAUCAUCAUGGGUAUAUAAAAAUUACAAAAUUGUUGACAUGGUAAAAAGUAGUAGUAGUAGUAAAUACAGGAUAAGACAGAAUAUUUGCCAUAGAUGUUUUAUUAAAAAAUAUGUAGACUAUCCUAAUAAUAACAAAAUUAAAGGAUGUAUAAAUUUUCCAAAAAAAAAGAUAAUACAUAAUAAGGAAGAGUUAAGUAAAUGUGUGAAAUAUAUUACUAAAAGGUUUGUAAAAAUGGUUAAAAAUUUUGAUCUAAUUAAUAUUUGUUUUGUUUUUAAAUACAAUAUUAUAAUGGGAUAUCAAAAUAGUUGUAUUUAUUUAGUUAAUUUUCCACAAUGUAAUAUAAAAAAGAAUCAAAUUUUUUAUAAUGAUAAUAAUGAAAAAACGUUAUUAUUUUUAUUUAAUAAGACAAUUGUAAAAUCAAUAAAAAGUGUUAAUGAUUAUUCAAGUAUUAUAUUUCCUUUUAGCAUUUCGAAAGAAUGCCAAAAACCGAUUUAUUUAAAAAAGAAAAUGAUAUCUUAUAUAAAAAAUGUGAAAUUUAAAAAUGGAGAAAUGGGGCAACAUGAGAAAUACAAUAAUAAAAAGUUGGAUAAAAGAAAAAAUAUAUUUAACAGUUUUAAUGAAAGUUGUAAAAGUGAUAAGUGUUCUAUAAAUAGUAAGUAUAAAGAAAGUUAUGAAAAAAAGCAUAAUCAAAAUAGAGAAUUUCGAAAAAAUGAAAAGGAAGACAUUUUAAAGAAUUAUUCUAAAAAAGAAAUAAUUUUUCAUAUGCAUCUUUUUGAAUUAUUAAUUAGACUUAUAUUUGAAAAGACAAGAACUUAUUUUGUUUUUUUUAUAAAUAAAAAAACAUAUAAUUUAGAUUUUUAUAAAAAUAUAUAUUAUUUAAAUAUGUGUAAAAUAGUUAAUAUAAAAAUAUGUACUAAAGACAAAGUUAAAAAGGAGAAAAAAAGAAAAGAAUGUGAAAAAAAAAAAUUUUUAGAAAACUUAAGAGACAAUAAUAAUAAUUAUAAAAAGAUAAUAAAUGAAAAGGAUAUACUAAUAACUAAUUUAGAAAAUGAAAUAAAUGAAAACAAACAAUUAGUAUCAAAUAUAAAAAAUGAGUUUGCAAAGUAUAAGAGUGAAAAUUCUGAAAAAAUAAAAACAGAAAUUUUAAAAAGUAAAGGAUCUAAAUGUGUUAUAUCCAGAAAUGAUUCUACUAUUAUUACUAGUAACAUUAAUCAACAAUUAUUAAAAAAUAAUAAUUAUAUCAAAAAGUUAUAUAAUGAAAAUAAUUUACUAAAGGAAAGAAUAAAAAAACUGAUGAGGUCAAACUGUGAGGAUAUAAAUACUAACCAAGAUAAAAAUAUAUCGGAUGUGACAAAAUUAUCUAACUUAUGUUUACCUGACAAUGAAGAAAAAAAAAAAGAAACGGAGAAACAUGAUAAAUUAAUUUUUUAUCUUAAAGCAUUUCUAGACACUGAACAAAAGUUAUAUACAGCUGAUGUAUUGAUAAAUAUUCAAGCAAAUAUUAUUAAUGAAAUUAAAAAAGAGCAACAAAUAUAUUUUGAAAAUAUAGAAAGAAGAAAACUUAUAUUAAAGAAAGAAAUAGAAAGUUCUUUUGAUUUUAUAUACUCCGUUUGUGAGGAUAUACAAACGAAAAAGGAGAAGAUAUGCUUAACCAAUCGAAUAAAUAAAUUACAGGAUUGUAUAAAUGAUUUUUUAAGUCACUUGAAUAAAGCCACUAAAGCGGAAGAGAUAUAA